AUGGCCUCUCGGCGGCCCGACAGCUUCGAUGGCCUGGGCUUCAGACUCACCCCGGAUCAUCUGCAGUACCGGGUCACCACUCCUCCUGACAUCCCGGGCUCCCGUAACCUCCACCGCAGCCCGCAGUACGAGGAGGCCGCAGGGGGCAGAGCUGAGGCCGGCUGGGACACCACUCAGCCUGGGAUGCCGCCCUCGGAGCAGCUGAACAGAUUCGCAGGGUUCGGAGUGGGACUCGUCAGUUUGUUCACGGAGAACGUUUUGGCUCAUCCCUGUAUCGUGUUCCGCCGCCAGUGUCAGGUGAACGUCCACGCCCGCUGUUACCACUUGACGCCCUUCACUGCUGUGGCCGUCAUGUACAGCAUCAGUAAAGCACAGGGUAUCCGUGCCCUGUGGAAGGGUAUGGGCAGUACCUUUAUCGUCCAUGGCGUCACGCUCGGAGCUGAGGGCAUCCUGAGCGAGUUCACGCCGUUGCCACGAGAACUUCCACAUCGCUGGAGCUGGAGGCAGCUGUGCGGACACUUGCUGCUGAAGGGACUCACUGCGGUCGUGGCGUUGCCGUUCUACUGUGCCAGCCUCAUAGACACGGUGCAGAGUGACAUAGUGCGUGACGAUGCCUGCUCUCUCCUGGACGUCCUGCGGGAGGCGCUGUCUCGGCUGCUGGGGCUGGGUGCGCCUCACAGUCGGCGCCUGCUCCCUCUGAGUGCUCUGCUGCUGCCUGCUGCUCUCCACGCGGUGCUCAAGUACUGCAUCUCCACCUGCGUCCAGAGGGGGGCGCUGUGGCUGCUGCAGCGCCACCGCAAGCAAGCUCCUGGGUCCCUCACAGCUCCUGGGUCCCUCACAGCUCCUGGGUCCCUCACAGACCUCUCUCUCCACAGACCCUCACAGCUCCUGGGUCCCUCACAGCUCCACAGAUCCUCACAGCUCCUGGGUCCCUCACAGUCCUCUCUCUCCACAGACCCUCACAGCUCCUGGGUCCCUCACAGACCUCUCUCUCCACAGACCCUCACAGCUCCUGGGUCCCUCACAGUCCUCUCUCUCCACAGACCCUCACAGCUCCUGGGUCCCUCACAGUCCUCUCUCUCCACAGACCCUCACAGCUCCUGGGUCCCUCACAGACCUCUCUCUCCACAGACCCUCACAGCUCCUGGGUCCCUCACAGUCCUCUCUCUCCACAGACCCUCACAGCUCCUGGGUCCCUCACAGUCCUCUCUCUCCACAGACCCUCACAGCUCCUGGGUCCCUCACAGACCUCUCUCUCCACAGACCCUCACAGCUCCUGGGUCCCUCACAGUCCUCUCUCUCCACAGACCCUCACAGCUCCUGGGUCCCUCACAGUCCUCUCUCUCCACAGACCCUCACAGCUCCUGGGUCCCUCACAGUCCUCUCUCUCCACAGACCCUCACAGCUCCUGGGUCCCUCACAGUCCUCUCUCUCCACAGACCCUCACAGCUCCUGGGUCCCUCACAGUCCUCUCUCUCCACAGACCCUCACAGCUCCUGGGUCCCUCACAGUCCUCUCUCUCCACAGACCCUCACAGCUCCUGGGUCCCUCACAGUCCUCUCUCUCCACAGACCCUCACAGCUCCUGGGUCCCUCACAGUCCUCUCUCUCCACAGACCCUCACAGCUCCUGGGUCCCUCACAGUCCUCUCUCUCCACAGACCCUCACAGCUCCUGGGUCCCUCACAGACCUCUCUCUCCACAGACCCUCACAGCUCCUGGGUCCCUCACAGUCCUCUCUCUCCACAGACCCUGCAGACCCCCUGGAUUCGCACUUUGUGGACCUGGCCUCACAGUUCCUGGGUUCCCUGCUCUCUGACGCAGUGCUUUUCCCGUUGGAGACGGUGCUUCACCGCUUGGCGCUGCAGGGCACACGCACCAUCAUCGACCACACGGACCAGGGCGGCGCACUGCAGGUGCUUCCUGUGAACACGCAGUACGAUGAUUUCACAGAGUGCUUUGUCUCUGUGCGGCAGCGAGAGGGCGCCGCCGCACUGUACCGCGGCCUGGGCGCUCUGUGGGCGCAGUACACGCUACACGCCGCGCUGCUAGCUCUGAGCCGCUCUGUACUGCGGCUAACCAUGGACCAUGGCAAGACACUGAGCUGCUGA